CCUCUUUUGGGUAUCCGAUUCAUGUCCUUAAGGUUAUAUAAGACGCCAGCAGCCUGCCGCCGUAAAAGCGUGUCCCGAUUAGGGCCCAGUCAGGAUCCAUCCCCUCCCGGGAUUGCUCUUCGCUUCUGACCGCCAUCUCGCCCGCCCACUCCCCCAGUCGACAGCCAGCUUGCCCAUGGUCUCGCCGUUAUGUCUACUAUCGACACAUUCCUUGACGCUGCGGCCACCCUCUCAACAGGCCUCUCGAAGCGUGGUAUUCGGCACGCAUUUUACGGAGAUAUAGUCCGCGACAUACUUCAAGGCAAUCCGGACAGCAAGGAAAUAUGCUGCAUCGUGGAAUCGGCAGGAAUGAACACUUGCCCAUUCCGACGCGUUCGUGACGCUCUACAAGGCGUGCCGUCUAUGACGGCCAAUUUCACGCCUUGGUCGAAGAGGCUGCAUGUCGUAUACACCAAGGUCUCUCCGCCCAUUCGCAUUGAGAUCCUGCCUUCGGGGGAGACAGGCCCGCUGUCGCUCGAUGAUUCCGCGGUCAUGAUGUUGAGGGGCGUGCCCUUCCUCAAUUUCUCGGAGCUCAUUCGCGCGCGGCUCAAGUCGUGGAUGAUUGGCCAAAAGGACACGCAGGCUCGCGACAUCAUAUAUUUCCUGCAGAAGUACUGGCGACGCAUCGACAUCAACCGUAUACCAGAGGCCGACAUGUCGGUCUUCCUGCGCUGUAACACGGUCGCAGCGCCGGCGUGGCUCGCGAUCAACAGCCGGUACACUACGUGAAGCGGGUGCGUACGCGAGGGUGAGCCUUCGCGGUCUUCUCGAGGGCGGUCGCGGCCUACCAGGCUUGUGCGCUGGUUCAAGUCGGAGAUGAAAUCCAUAUGGACUCUAGGCGAUUGUUGUGUGUAUGUACGUACUCUGGAUGUCUACCGCAUCUUCUGCAUUCGAAAACUUGUACUAAGCGGACGGAUUACUUGUAUUAAUGGGAUUGAUGUCCAGGUCCAAUCGAGCUUCAGCCUGCAAGUUGUUUGUGCACGUGCUUCAAGCGAGCGGCAAGUAGGCGCCCACCCCAGCUUGGGGCGC